CACUAAGAGCUCCACCGGAGGAUCGCGCCUUCAUCUCACACCUGUAGAUGAUUCUUAUUCUCUCUUACCCUUGUUGGAUUAGUUGUUGUUUGUUUUUUUAAUAGCGUGUAACUGUGUUUUCCUGCACAGAACUGAGCUGAUAUUAUAGUCUACGUUUAUAGUUCUCCGCUGAGAUCGAAAAGUUAAACGGCGUAAAGCGCAACUUUUCAGCACCACUGUGAACGGACAGCGAUCACUGACCCGAUGGAGCCGUCCGUGAUCCCCGGAGACGAAAUGCCCGACAUUUACUCCAUUAACCCGUAUAAUAUCACUUUUCCUGACGAGCUGAUGGGGUUCGUUCCCGACGAGAGAAACUACACCGAGCCCAACCCGGUAAAGAGCCCCGCGGGGAUCAUCGUCGCCAUUUCCAUAACGGCCCUGUACUCUGUCAUCUGCGUGGUAGGACUCCUGGGAAAUAUCCUGGUGAUGUACGGGGUGGUCAGAUACACCAAGCUGAAAACUGCCACCAAUAUCUACAUCUUCAAUAUGGCUCUGGCAGAUGCCCUGGCCACCAGUACACUUCCAUUCCAGAGUGCCAAGUACCUAAUGAACACCUGGCCCUUUGGAGAGUUUCUGUGUAAAGUGGUUAUAGCCAUUGACUACUAUAACAUGUUUACCAGUAUCUUCACCCUCACAAUGAUGAGUGUGGACCGUUACAUCGCAGUGUGCCACCCUGUGAGGGCACUGGAGUUUCGGACCCCAAUUAAGGCCAAAAUCAUCAACGUGUGCAUCUGGAUGCUCUCCUCUGCUGUUGGAGUGCCAAUCAUGAUCAUGGCUGUUACUAAAGUGACGAACCAAGGGACAACUAUCUGCAUGCUGAAAUUCCCUGAUCCCGAAUGGUACUGGGACACAGUGACGAAAAUCUGUGUGUUUAUCUUUGCAUUUGUGGUACCGGUGCUAGUCAUCACGAUCUGCUAUGGUCUGAUGAUCCUACGCUUGAGGAGUGUCCGUCUCCUCUCAGGCACAAAGGAGAAGGACAGGAACAUGCGUCGUAUCACUCGAAUGGUCUUGGUAGUGGUGGCUGCUUUCAUCAUCUGCUGGACACCUAUCCAAAUCUUUAUCAUUGUCAAAACACUCGUAGACAUCAACCAGAAGAACCCCUUCGUGAUUGCCAGCUGGCACCUGUGCAUCGCGCUUGGCUAUACUAACAGCAGCCUUAAUCCAGUCCUCUAUGCUUUCUUGGAUGAGAACUUCAAGAGAUGCUUCAGAGAUUUCUGUCCACCGUUCCGAGCCAAAGCUGGCCAGAAUACUAACAACCAAGCCAGGAAUGCCACAAGGGAGCCUGUAUCCGUUUGUGCUCCUUCAGAGGCAGAGAAGAAGCCGGUAUGACUAGGCCUGGAGAGGAUCCCACGGGGGUCCCAGUCCAGAAGAGUUCAGCAGGACCUACAGUCUGAGGUCACCCAAAUCUCUACAACUGAAUUCUAACAAAAUGGAAGAGCCAUUUCCAACACAAGGGAAUUAUGCAACUGAAUAGUCUCAAUGCUAUCUUGUUGUACGUUAUUACUUUAGAAGUUUGCCAGGGAGGUAUGAAGCUCCUCUUUCACACCGUUCGUUACUUACUUUAGAUUGUGGAUUGGCCCCCAAUAUUCUGUUGUAAUUUGACCUUUAUCAACCUUUAUCAACAAUAUUGAGGCCAAUAUUCUCCUAUGAGGCCAAUGUUCUUCGACAAUACGUUAAAACAGGGCACAUUUUCUUACCUUUAGUGUCUGGUGGACUUUAAGGGACUGACAUCCUACUGGCACUGAGGAAAUAACUUUUAUGUGAAUGAAGGACCAUGCAUUGAAAGGGUCUGCAAACAAUGUUUCAAUUUAUUCAUAAACAGUAAAAAAGAAAUAAGUGCAGAUACAUCAGAAAAUGAAAUCUGGCCCAGGAUACAAAAGCAAAUAGUGGAGAAGUGAUCCAAUUGGAGGAUGCUCAUGCUGAAAUGGAAAAGUAUUUUCAGCAGUUCAUUAUAUAUUUCAUUUCUUCUAUAUCUAAGAGUCUGGACUGGCAGAGGACUAGCCUUGUGGAAUUAAAAUAUGUAAAAACUUAACUAAAUUCUCAACUAAUUCUCAAAACUCAACUUUGAAAGAAUUCUCUAUUAACCCCCAGUGACUGUAACUGUAGGGAAUGAUGGGCGAAUAUGUGUUGUGAUAUGCAGAUCAGAGAGUGUAUGGCAGUUUGUCUGAACUUCAUUCAACUUCAUUGACUAACCAUUUAUGGAAAGAUAAUCGCUGUGGAUAAUAUUGCUGAAAGGCUCAUGAUAACAAACUCUGCAUCAACUGUGGCCUCCUACCAAACCUACUCCAUCCUCCAUUGCUCUAUUCAGUGAACACAUUUUCAGACAAACUGACACUCGUUUUUUAAAUGAUCCAUUCCUCCUUUUGCACUUUUUACAGUGAGGAGGGGUGCAUGAAAAAACUGCUAAAAUCCCCAUAAUUCCCUGGACAUUCUAAAAUAUACCAAAGGUUUACUUCCAAGAAAAUUUAACUCACGUGAAGGAACAAUGGAAAAGUUUUAUUUCUAUUUUGUGCAUUAAAAUAAAUUGCCCAUUAUCUGGGCAAGAGUAAAUGUCCUCUAACAAACAACAUUAGAUUGGCUUAGCUUAGCUUAACCUUAACUGAAAUAUUGAUUGUCUUCAUGAAGCAAGAUCUAAACUGACCAAUAGUUUUUGUCUAAUAGGCAGCAGUUCAAAACUUGGUAAGCUGCUUCCACAGGGAGAAUUUUAAGGAAUCAUAGGCAUCAGAUCAUAUAUUCAAUAAUAAACAAUUAUAGUCAAUUAUAAACAUACUUAUAGUUCACAAACUACAAAAAUGUAUCAAUAAAAAUUGUGUAAUAUUAUAAAAGAAAUACUGUUUUACCUAUUAUUUGUGUGUGCAACACAUAUUCAAGAGAAUUGCAUAAUUUGCUUAGCACAAGCUAACAUCAAACUUUUUUUAAAUCAGUUGAGUCAAGUCUCCUGUGUGCUUUACUUGAGGAGUGCUACUUGUAUGAUGCACAAGAUGCUGCCUAAAUGGAGGGAUCCAAAUUGGUCAGACAUUAAAUGUGCUGUAAGUGAUUUUAGCCGUUUUACAUCCACAAGACUAAAUCGUUGAAUUAGUCACGCUCCCUCUUCCCAAAACCCAGCACUCCAAAAGAUACCAAAUGAGCUUUAUUGAGAGUAGAAACAGUUGUUAAAAACGACAGCAGCAAAAUAGUGCCCUCAACUGAAUAUGUUGUGAACAGCAUGGCAUAACAAUUAUGUAAAGCGUCAAUAAUUCACUGCAACUACAAAACUAUGAGAACACCAAAAAUUAUUGACAGGCAGAAAGCGCAAGUGACCGCUGUCUGUGGACACAUUUUUGUUUGCUGUUUACAAAGUCUAUAGCUGUCACAGAGACUGAUGAGAUAUCUCAGGACUCUUAUUUCAUUAAUAUAUUGAAGGAAAUAGGAAAAGUUUUUGCAUACCAUACCAUGAAAAAAAUAGCUUACAGCACCUUUAAAUGCUAUUUCAGUUAGGAUGAUGCGCCAGUAGAACUUUCAAUAUAGGGAGCGAGGCAGCUCACUAGGUUUCAGAACUGAUUUCAGGAUGUCUUGAAUUUGGUCUGUAAAAAAUGAAAUGAGUCAAUUAAUAUAUAUAUAUAUAUAUAUAGAUAUGGGUGGUUUUAUGGGGCGAGGGGGAUUUAAAUUUCACUACAUCUCCUGAGUUGGCUAACUGGAAUGGCUUUUGAUCUUAACCUAAAAUAACAUACUAGAUGAAACACUAAUUGGUUUUGAUGCUUUGCCUCUGGAGUAUUUUCGAUUUUGUACAAACUCACGAGUCACAUGUUUUAAUACUGAUAUGUUUUAAUACUUAAGGUACGUACACACUGCCAGCGACAUCGCGCUCGACAGCGACUCAAUACCAUUUAUUUUCAAUGCGAGCACAGCGACUUCCGGCGACACGAGCUGUCGCGACCGUUGGCACUAGAUGUGGGCGUGUCCAGCGACGCGACAAAGUUGAGAAAAGUUCAACUUUGGAGCGACUAACGGAAGCGACAGCCAAUAGGAGAGACGACGGGAGAGCUCACGUGAUCCUUCUCUCUCUCUCUCUCUCUCUCUCUCUCCUGCAGUAACAGAAAGAUGGAUGAAAGGCUAAUUCUUGCUGUUAGAAAUUUUCCAGUGCUCUAUGAUAUGUCUCUUCCCACGUACAAGGACAUUUUAAAGAAAAAUAUUGCGUGGAAAGGUGUAUCUGAGAUCGCGGGGAUUUUAUGGACCCAGACAGACCGACAUUUGCAUUUUCGCUGCAGAUAAACAGCCACUCUGGCAAACAGCAUGAUUUGUUUCUCAUUCAUCUUUGAUAUAAAGCAUUUUAUGUACUGAUUCCAUUUAUAUUUAGUCUUUUCCCUCCAAAAUGUUUGUUUUUAGUGGCAAGAAAAGAGAUUUGCUGUCAACAGCAAUGGAAUGACAUCCGUGAAUGUCAUUUAUAAACGUUACUAGGCAACCAGUAGUGGGAACACCCACUAGCGACUUCACCGCCAGCCACUGGCGACCUGCAGCGAUAAAGUCGCUGGCAGUGUGUACGCAGCUUUAUAAUUGUACUGAGCUGUAGUUUUGGUCAUGCAAAGUGAUUUUUGUCAAAUCGUGUUUGUGUUGCAUUUUGAAGAAUGAAAGACACAUUUUUUUUUAAUAAACUAUGAACUGUAGAGGACAGAAAAAGUUGGGAAUAUCGGAAGAUUAUGAUCGGAUCUGUUCAUGAAGAAUAGAAGGUGCUAAAGUGGCAAUGCUCUCAAAGAGAAAAACAUAAAAACAUCAUAAUCUUUAUCAGAAGAAUUAUGAAAUCAUGAUACCGUAUAUUCAGUCCUGUUUACUUUUUUCUUGGCAGUUAAUAGAAUAUUCAGUCUUAUUGCUGGGUUUGUUACAUUUUUGAGUAGUUGCUUUCAAAUGCUAAUUUUUUUAAAUUAAUUUUUAAUUUAUCCAAAUAUAACAAAGAAUCCCAUUUCUUUUAUCUCUGCUAGGGUCUGCUGGCUGUACAGAGGACAUUUGUAUCAUUAUGCUUCUCGAGACUGGUUGUGUUUCAGUGUUUCAGUGCAUAUACUGUAAAUGUAAAAUUUCUUAUUAGUUUCCAGAAGACUUGGUUAUAUUGUAUAAAUCAUUGUAAAGGUAAAUAUUCAAUAAAAUAAAAGCCUCUGCUAAUAUUCUUUUGACUAGAAAUAGUUAGUAACUCUGUCAAUGAAAGUUCCUGCUUCUAAAUAUUCAUUGUUUCUCACUUAGACAAGCUUCACUUAAUGUUAAAAGAAAUGAAACUUAGGAAUGAUUUUGAGAUUUUAUUCAUGGUGUUAUGAACAAAUCUGCAUGAUGCUUUUUAUUAGAUUGUAUGUUGUACGUUGAUGUGCACAUUUGUCUUCACUGAUAUUUCUGCUGUUGAAAUUGCCUUAUCAAUCCUACAUGGGCUGAAAUGUUUUGUGACAUUGCAAAAUAUAUUUUAUCUUCCAUUUUAUGCUAUUAAAUGCAGCGACUGCAAAUCAAGGAAAUCCCUUAUCACAGUCAACAGAAAAGAAAAAGCCUCAUAAGUGAUAACUUCCUGUCAACACUACUAUGACUAUGUAGAAAUAUUUAAAUGAAUUGAAAAUAUGUUAGCAACAUUCAUUUACUUUGGAUAAAAUGUAGGUAUCUUUAGUGAUGUUUUACAUGUUCAGUUGCAUGACACAUUGUUAAGUCCACAGAAUCCACUUAAAAAUUAAAAAUUAAAUAAAAAAGGUGAAAAAAUAACACACCGUCAAUCUGGUUUCCUAUGAUUUCCCUAUUUUACUGUAUUUAAACAACUUCUACACUAGACUUUUGUACACUAUUAUACUAAGUUUUUAACCCUUUAAAGCCUGACAGAAAUAGUAAUAGUCUGAAAAUUCUUUUUUUUUUUAAUUCAUUUAAAAUAUAUAUUUUUUUAAUUAUUGACCUGUUCUUUGGACCUUCAGACACAUAAUAAAAAUGUUAAUUAAAAUGAUCUAAGCCCAUACUUACCACAUUCGUAAAUCUUGAGAUAUCUUAAGAGCAGUACCUGGGCUUUUCAGAGAUUUCAAAAUGUUUGAGAAUUUAGCCAUGACAACACUCUCCUUGGUCAAUAUAUACUGUGUGUAUACAUACAUACGUACAUAUAUAUAUAUAUAUAUAUAUAUAUAUAUAUAUAUAUACAGUCGGGUCCAUAAAUAUUGGGACAUCGACACAAUUCUAAUCUUUUUGGCUCUUCAAGCAGGAACUGAAGACAGUUGCAGUAGAGGCCUGGCAGAGCAUCACCAGGGAUGAAACCCAGCGUCUGGUGAUGUCUAUGCGUUCCAGACUUCAGGCUGUAAUUGACUGCAAAGGAUUUGCAACCAAGUAUUAAAAAGUGAAAGUUUGAUUUAUGAUUGUUAAUCUGUCCCAUUAUUUUUGGUCCCUUAAAAAGUGGGAGGCACAUAUACAAACUGUUGUAUUUCCUAC